CGCACUUUUCUCUCUCUAAAAGGACUACUGUAGAGAGAGAGAAUCACACACAUUCUCCUUCUCAGAAGGAAGACAUCUUUCAUUUCCGCAGGCAUUAUCUCGAUGGGAUGUUGAUGAGUUUUCAAAAGACAGGCUGUACAUGGAGGUGAAUUGAAGGAUUUUGUUGGGUAAAUAUUGAGGAGAAGAUUACAAUGAUGUACUGAUUGAUCUCUUUGCACUGAAUGGCGAGUAAGUUUGAAGGCCCACAAGGUGUUUGAGAUUUGGUUUGUGUGAGAUUUGAAGGGUCAAAGAUUCAAUCUUGGUUUUGGUAAAGAUUGCGGUCGAUUGGGUACUGUGCAUUCAGGGUUUACUUUGAAAGGAUCAUGAUUUGUUAAGAUUUCAGAACUGGAAACUUUCUUUCAAGGGUUUAAUCUGGUAUUUUUGUACCACCUAAGUGGGGGUUAGAGAGCUACAUUUCUUCAUAUUUGACCAAUUAUUUGGAGGCUGAAUAAGAUUUGUUUUACUUUUGAUGUCUGGAGCUCCAAGAGUUAGGUCUAUGAAUGUGGCUGAAUCGGAAUCAAGAUCAAUCCUUGGGCUUGCUGGAAACAAGGCUGUGGGUCCCAUAAGCACACGAAAACCCUCAUCAAAAUCAUCAAGAAAGAUCGAAAUGUCACCAGAGGAGGGUUCUAUUGGGAGAAGGAAUGGUGGGAUUGCAGCAUCAUCCCCUCCUUUUAGUGCCACUGGCGUUCCUUCAAUAUUACGCAGACAGGUUUCACUCAAUGCUUCGUGUUCUUCAGAUGCGUCUACUGAUUCAUUCCAGAGUCGGGCGUCAACUGGUAGGAUAUACAGAACAAGUAGCAAUGCUAGAGGGAGGAGGCAAUUGGCUUCAAAACCAAAAACCGUUAUUGUUGAUAAUGCUUCAGAAACUUCACCUGAUGAUUUACAACCCAAGAAGAGGUGUGCUUGGGUGACAUCAAGUUCAGAUCAAUCCUACGCCGUUUUCCAUGAUGAAGAAUGGGGAGUGCCUGUGCAUGAUGACAAAAAAUUAUUCGAGCUUCUUGUGCUUUCUGGAGCUUUGUCAGAACUUACAUGGCCUGCCAUCCUUCACAAACGUCACCUUUUUAGGGAAGUUUUUGCAGAUUUUGAUCCAAUGGUUGUUGGAAAGUUCAAUGAGAAGAAGCUAGUGGGACCAGGGAGCGCCGCAAGCUCUCUGCUAUCAGAACUUAAACUGCGGGCCAUAGUUGAAAAUGCUCGCCAAAUAUCCAAGGUCAUAGAUGAAUUCGGAUCAUUCGACAAAUACAUCUGGAGCUUUGUGAACUAUAAGCCGAUAAUUAGCAGAUUUCGAUAUUCCCGACAGGUUCCGGUGAAAACCCCGAAAGCCGAUGUCAUAAGCAAAGACCUCAUAAGGCGGGGGUUCCGAUGUGUGGGUCCCACAGUCAUCUAUUCGUUUAUGCAGGUGGCGGGUAUAACUAACGAUCAUAUCUGUAGUUGCUUCAGAUUUCAGGAAUGCUUGUCGAUUGCGGAAUCCGAGGAAGUUGCAUCGAUCAAAGUCAAAGAAGAUCAACAGAAUACCGAUAAAGCAAUGGAAUCGUGCAUAUGCGACGCCAUCGAGGACUUGAAUUUCUCUUCCGGGUAAUAUGUACUUAUGCUACAUUCGAGAUAGUUUAUGUAUGAUGAUCGAAAAACACCCAUAUCUGUAGAUUUACUAUUAUCGAAACCGAAUUUCUACAAAAAUGACUGUUAAUUAUGGUAACAAGUUUGUAUAGUGGGAAAGAUUACU